AUGAAAACAGGGCAGAAGAAGGAUGAAAUUUCAUUUGAAGGAGAUUUAGUCAGUUGUUUACAAAUAUCGAAAGACGGGAGUAUUCUGGUGGUUGCUACAAGAUCAGGACUUUUGAGACAGUACUCGACUGAUGACUUCCAACUCGAAAGAACUUGGAAAUCGCUGCAUAAUGGCCCGGUCAGAGUUUUAGCGUUUGACCCUACUUCCACUUUUCUUGCGUCUGGUGGAGCUGAUGGAACCGUCAAAGUGUGGGAUGUUAUCCGCAAGUUUUGCACACACAAUCUCAAGGAGCACGAAGGACUCAUUCAAACAAUUCAAUUCCACCCGAAAAAGCUCGAAGUGUUCAUUUCCUGCAACAGUCAUAAAAUUAAACGAUGGGAUCUCCUGACAUCUUCCGUUGUUUCCGUCUACGACAGUCAUGUUUCAAAUGUUUCCUCGAUUCAGUUUAUCGAUAACGAGCAUUUUCUCUCCUCUGGUCGAGAUUCUGUAGUUUUAAAAUGGUCUGUAGAAGAUUCAGAAGAUGCACUAGAAACGUUGCCGACUUAUGAACCGAUUGAAGAUAUGAUCAUGCUUGACAAUGAAAAAGGAUAUUUGACAGUUGGCGUCAGAGGGCAAGUGCGGAAGUGGAAUUUGGACGGAAAAGAAAUCGCUAAAGAGCCAAAUCGAAGAGAUAAGACUCCAGAAGAGCCCGAUCUUGAAUCCUACGUAAAAAUCAUGAAUUGCAAAAGCGGCGCGGUCAUUCUCGACAACGGACAGAACUUUCACCAAAUCAAUGAAAGCUUAGAACGACAAAUUACUCUUAAUGGAAACUUUGAAGAAGUAAUUGCGACUGCCUGGUUGAGCGUCGAUACCUUCGCCGCGGCUACAAACUCGCCGGAAAUUCAUAUUCGAAACUUGAGCAACGGCCACGCUAGAAUUCUUUCAGGACAUUCGCAUGCUGUUAUUUCAAUCGAUUCUUACGAAAACAUGAUCAUCUCAGGCAGCAGAGACAACUCGAUCAAGCUUUGGAUCGAAAACGAAGAAACUGGAGUUUAUGAAAACGUAGCCACUGCUGGUGGACAUAUGGGCGCUGUCACUGGCUUGAAAUUUUACACGAACGGGGAGCACUUUGUCUCCUGCUCUGAAGACAAAACUGUCAAGUUGUGGAAAGUCGAUGGCGAAAACAUCUCCUGUGUGUGGACUCAAUAUGAUCACGACAAGGCGGUGAAUGGAAUAGAUAUUGCACCGAAUAAUCAACUGAUUGCCUCUGCUGGAGCUGAUAAGAAAUGCGUCUUGUAUCGAGCAAAGGAUGGAGCGAAAAUCGGAGAGUUUGAGGGGCAUCGAAAGGGAAUCUGGUGCUGCUCCUUUUCUCCAGUUGAUCAGGUUCUAGCCACCGGAUCAGCUGAUGGGGACAUUAGAAUUUGGCAUUUGAAGGAGCAGACUUGCAUCAAAGCUUUAGAAGGAUCUGACUGUUCUGUUUUGGAUCUGAUCUGGUCAAAAUCCGGCGACGAUCUGAUUUCCUGCGGCUCAGACGGAGUCAUGCGCAUUUGGAGCCUGCAAACCGCGCAGCAAACUGAAACGCUCGAAGCUCACACUGAACGAUGCUGGGCAAUCUCGGGGCAAGAAGAUCUAUCUUUGAUAAUUUCCGCCGGUGGGGAUGGGCAGAUUGUUUGCUGGAAAGAUUGUACAGAAGCAGUGAGAGAAGAGGAGCAGAAGAAUCUGAUCGAGCAACAUAUGCAAAUGCAAACGAUGAAUAAUAUGAUGCAAACAAAGCAGUUCAAGAAGGCCUUGGAAAUUGCCGUCAGAUUGGGAAAGCCUGGAGCUGCGAUGAAUGCUUUGAAGGAAAUGAGUAAAGAAGAUAUCAACGAAACAGUCCCCCUUUUGAAAUCUCAGACGAAAAUGAAACUCCUGGAGUUCUGCACGACCUGGAACAAGAACUCAAAGACCGCUUACAUUGCUCAAAUCACCAUGGCCUCCAUUUUCCGAUCGAUACCGCUUGAAGAACUCCUGAAAGACUUCAGCUUGAGGAAGAAUGUCGAGGGCCUGUUGCCAUUUACAGACAGAUAUCGAAGAAGAAUUGAUAACUUGAAGAUUCAGUCGAGAUUCGCCAGCUUUGCGAUUUCGACGGUGAAGAUUGCGCCGGAAAUGGAAAACUGA